GUGCCAGUGGCUUCCGUUUUGUUUCCUGAUUACUGCUAGUGCUCGGCCAGGCGGGGGUUUCUGUGCAGGGCUCUGGAGAAACGUUCAAUUUGGCUGUACGGCGUUUGGAAGCUUCAGGCCCCGGGAAAGGUGACAGCUUUUCGUGUAUCUGCCAACGUUGUAAUCAAUUGAAUUAUCAUAAACUGCCUGCUGUGUGGCAAUGGAAGCGGAGCAGAAUCAGGAAGUUCCAGAGGCUGUUGUUGAAACGCAGGCAGUGAGGAUGGAGGAGAAAUCGGAGCCCAAAUGUGUAGAGUUGGUUGAUGUACCUCCAGAAAUGGCCCCUGAACAAGAGAUUUCACAGGUGAAGACCCCAGUGAUGGAGAAUUCUGCUGAGGAAUUGCCAGAAAAGGAGAGAACCACAGAAGCUGUGGUGUCUCCUUCCAAACCUUCUGAGGUAGCUCCAGAGAAAUGCCCAGCUGCUGAGUCCUCCGAGAAGCCUCCAGAGGUGGAAAAGUCAUUGGAGCCAGUACAGCAGAAAGUGUCUGAACCACAGGUUCAAGUGAAUUCUGAACUGGAGAAACAGGAGGAGGAGCCUGCCAAAGAUGCAGAGUCCAAACCCAUUGCUGUGAAUGAUGCUAAGCCAGAAGAGCUUGACAAAGGUCAGGAGACGAUGACAAAAGAGGAUAAGGUACAAACAUCAGAGGCUGAGGGGGUUCAAGCUGAGCUUCCAAAAGAGGCAGAGCCUGAGCAGAAAGAACCAGAGCUACCGCUCUUCUUUGGCUGGUUUCUGCUUCCAGAGGAAGAGGAGCGGAUAAAGUGUGCCACCAUGGACUUUCUCAAGACGUUGGACACUUUGGAGGCCUUUAAACAACACAUUAGUGAAUUUACUGGUGAGGCGGAGAAAGAGGUUGAUCUCGAGCAGUACUUUCAGACUGUACAGCCCCUCCACUGCACCACAAAGUUCUGUGACUAUGGCAAAGCAGAGGGGGCAAAAGAGUAUAUGGAGCUACAGGUGGUCAAGGAUUCAUUUGGCAAUUCUUACGAGCUUUCAGUCACUGCUCUCAUUGUCACCCCUCGUACAUUUGGGGCCCGUGUAGCAUUGACAGAAACUCAGAUGAAGCUGUGGCCUGAAGGGGCAGACAAGGACAUGGUUCCUCCAGCUCUUCUGCCCAGCAUAGAGGGUCUCCCAUCAGGUAGCCGUGCCCAUGUUACAUUAGGUUGCUCUGCUGGAACAGAGGCGGUUCAGACCGGUUUGGAUCUGCUGGAGAUCCUGGGCCUGCAGAAAGAAGGCAAGGAGGGUACCCAGGUAGAGAUGGAGAUGGGUACUUUGUCCUACCUGGAUGAGGGCCGUUGGUUUCUUGCCUUGAGGGAACCAAUUACAGCAGAUACCACCUUCUCUAGCUUCUCUGAUGACAAGCCUACCAGUGACCAGAGCAAAAAGGAUGGAGAGAAGAAAAAGAAAAAAUGUACCAUUCUGUGAGGGCAAAGAGAAGAAGGGGGGCUAAAUUUUCAAUGGGCUCUGACCCUCGGUUGGCUGGGUAGGAUGUUGUGUUUUUGCAUGUAUGUAGGUGGAUUGCGUGUAUGUUUUGCAGCUUGUGAUGCUUGGGAUGAUUUGGCAGGCAAUGUGAGACCAGACAUUCCCAGCUUUCUCUUAGCUGGUGCCUUUUUCCUUUUGCUCAGCAACAAGAGGUCUAGUAUCUGCCUAUGGUCAAUAGAUUACUCUGUUGGAAAGUUCAAUCUUUUUUUUUUUUAACAUGGCUUUGGCCUCCACGCCAUCCUUGUUCCCAUCACACAGGUGCGUUUACGAUCCGUCUUCCCUACACUUAGAUUUAGCACAACUUGUACCCUGUCCCAGCUUUUUUCUUGUUGAUAAAUAGUCUUAUUAUACAGCCCUCACUUCAGUUUGAAGUUAGUUUUGCUGUACCAUUUAAAAGAUUUCGAUUCUCAAUAUAGAUUUAGAUCUAACUUCUGACUCUAAUCUAUCUCAUGCAAAAAAUAUGUGGUAGUUUUGAUCCGUUUAUACAUGCAUACAUCAAAAGGAACUUGGGCUGAGGUUUGGAAACAAAACAUAAAUUUGUUAGUUUAGCGUGCCUCUUUAAUGUCCCUCUCUUCAGCCUUUGUGGAUCUGAGACGACUUGUACGAUGAACAUUUCCAGAAAUGCGUGCUGCACCUUUAUUAAUCUCCGCUAACCACUAAUGAUGAUCUGUUCUGUGUGCAUGCCAACAUUUUGACACGGUUCUUCUCAUUCCUUUGUAAUCAUGUAAAAUUCAUUCAAAUUUUUUUCAUAUGUGAAACUGCAUACUGUCUGUGAGAUGUGUUUUUAGGCUAACUUGUGUGUAUUGUGUGUGUGUGUGUGGAUGAAAUUGAAUGGUCUCUCCUGAGCCUUACCAUUUACAGUGUUGGUCAAACCAAGGGAGACACCUUUUGAAUUACAGCCCCUAAUAUCGGUGAACACAAACCUGUACUACUCUUUAUUAUAUCUGCCAUAUUUUCCAUACAAUCAGCUCUUUCCUUAAACCAGUGUUUUCACAUGUGAUGGUACAUUUAUGCUUAUUCAUUUCAGUUCUGGAAAAUGUGUACCCUGAAUACUGACAGGCAUCUGUCUGAUGCCUUCCUCCUCGGUAGGUUUCUAGAUGGCCGAAGCCAUGAUUAUCUUAGGUCUUUGACAACAAGGCACUAUAUUUUUGCACUUACCUUGUUUUUCCAUUUGAUUUUGUACACUUAAUAAAAGAAUGUGCUUGGCUCUGAAAA